AUGGAAUUCCUUCCUUUUGUCCCGUAUGCUGACACUAUUCAAGAUAUAUGGCAAACUGCUUUCAAGUCCUGGCAGUUUAAUUUGAUCAGUUUACUUAAUAUGGACGACAGUAACUUUAUAUCCACGACUCGAGCAAGCCCUUCCCUUACCACUUUUAUACAUCGCCUCUGGGACACUCAUAUUGAAGGAGAGUCUGUUGACAGCCAAUUGCUAAAGUACGUGUUCCUGAUCUAUGUACGUUUGUCUCAGUCUUCAGACACGAGGAAUCACCGCCUGUUCGAAACAGAUCUGCUCAUCAAGCUUGCUGUUGUCUACAGUGGUACAAACACGCCGCAGCUGCGAGAGAUUAUGCAACCAUUUGAAGAGCAACUAGCACCUAUAGUUCAUACACUGAUCGAGUCUAUCGAACCUCUGGCUCAUAUGUCAAUUAACUUGGAGGUUUUGAAAAGAGCGCAUAUUGUAGCACGUACCUUUGAUGCACUUGUGUCAACGCUGGUACCAGGAUUUAUUGCAGUUGAUGUCUUAGUCACAGAAUGGUAUCGAUCACUUGUUCCUUGUCUGAAAAAGGCAGUAGAUCAAGAUAGCCAUCUAGCACCUUAUGCAUAUAUGAUCAAAGCCUCCCUCGUCUCUGCAUUUGCAGUCUCAGCCGAAUUGCGUUUCUUUCGCCCUUUUGGAUAUAUGCUGAACGAUGCACAUGAAUUAGUAAAGAUCAGCGAACCGACCAAUAGAGACGAAGCUGUGAACUGGAUGUCUAGGUGGAUUGAACAGAACGAAAUUAGACCUUCAUCACCUUUUGUUGAUGCUCCGUUAAUCAUGGACUGGGAAUCAGCUUAUAAGAUUAGUGAUAAGAUAAGGCAGAUCAACAAGGAUCUUUUCAGUGGUAACGAUGAUAUGCUCGAGAUUUUACAGUUACAGAUGGAACAAGUGCGAGAUACAAUGAACGAGACACAUAGUUGGCAGCCUGAUGUAGAUGAUAGGGAGCAAAAAGUAUUGCAAAUACGUGAAGUGUUUAGUGAUUUAUCAGAUGAUGUGAUUGAGCAUUAUUUGGAAUCAAAUCAUGGAGAUGCAGAGGCUGUCAUUAUGCACUUGCUCAAUGAAAAAGAAGCGCCUUCUGUGCUCUCCAGUCGUAAAAAUAUAUAUGACAAUGAUGAGUUUGACGUCUUUGCAAACAAAACAGUUGACACAUCCAAAAUGUAUUUGGGCAAAAAAGACAAGGGUAAUGCAGAUGCUUUAUUGGAAGAUAAGUCGGUGAUCGAUAAGACUAGUAUCAUGCAGCGUGUGAUAGACAUGUACGAGGAUGAGUAUGAUGAUACCUAUGAUGAUAUUAAUGACGCUGCUGGAGUUGUAACUAUGGGACAGGAAGAAGCACAAGAUGUCGUGAAGCGAAAGGUAGUCGUUCAAGACCCAGGAGCCGAGCAUGAACAGUUGUUAGUGCAUGUUUAUAUGGAUAAUCCUGAUGUGUUAAAGCGUAAUGGCACAGCCAGAAAAUCACCCAAGCGGGCGGAACUUCGAAAGCAAACUGGUAUGACAGAUGAGCAACUGGAAGGUUGGGCAAUUAUGUUUAAUAGAAAUCCUAGGAAGCAGCGUAUAUUGGAUAAAUACAUGUUGUUUGAAAACAAAAAUGAUCAGACGCCUGUCAAACAAGAGUCCUCAAAGCAAUCACAUUCAAAAGAGCCUACAGGACAGUCAGCUCAAAAGGCACCUCAGAAAAAUGAAAGCAAAGAUCGUGCAUAUAGGGAAAAGAAUAAGGCACGAUUUGGUAAUCACAAUAGAAAGGCCAUGCGAAGUAAAAAGAUCAGCAAGGCUGGACCGCCUCCUUCUUAA